AUGCAACUGAAUAAUAUGUUGCUUAAAGUGUCUAGGAGAAAUUACACAUUUUACUUUUUCAGCAGAAUUUCAAACGCAUUUCUCAAUCCACAUGAAAGGUAUAAAUUAUUUCGCAUUGAUGGCUGCAAAGAAUUGCAAGUAUCGGAACAUAAAAUCAGUCUUAAAAUAGGAGGCAGUCAAACACCAGAAAGAAUGCGAGUGCAAAAUGAGGAAAUAAUGUGGAAUGCACUAAGUUAUUUUGGGUUUUAUGACGCAAAACAAAGUUUAAAAAUUCGAGGAAGUAAUUAUUGUAAUUAUGCCCCAAGCCAUGGCACUAAAAAUCAUAGUAUAUUUUGUGAUUCCCCAACUGAUACUGUCCCUAAAGUGAAUGCACAAGAGCAUCAAGUGGUUUUGGAAUUCCCAUUUGGAUUUAUUGAGCUUAGAUUGGUAAAUGUUGAAGACAGGAUAAUGGUCUUAUCGAGCCUUAUAAAAAUCAAAUGGUUUCGAUGCCUAUUAAAGUUAACUGAUUCUUACGCUAUUUGCAAACUUAGUUACGGCCGUAAUAUGAUAUAUUUGAUGAAGACGGGUGGAACAAACCUAAAUGUAGAUUAUUAUUUGAAGGAAUACAGGAUUGAUACACGUAAAGUAUUGGCUUUUGUUUUUUUCGCACUAGACAGUUUAGUCAAUCUAGCUACCAAGCAUAGGGCUUUAAAAAGCCCAUCAGAUAUAAAUGCUUCAGUUGCCUUUAACUUAUUUACUUGUUUUAGAAAUCAACGCAGAGCAUUUAACCCAAAUUUUCGUGACAAAUGGAGACUUCGGAAUGCACAUUCGACAUUAAUGAUUAAAAGCGCUUUACAUACAGCAUUAUACUUCCUCAGCAAAAGAUUUGUACCUAGCGAAGAUAAAAAUGCACAGUCAAGAAGACGCCUUUCAAAAGUGAUUAAUUGCUACAAGAUGGAAACUGAGACAAAUGAUGUACAAAUACUCACACCCUGGAGUGUUUACAUUUGUGCAAAUCUUGGAAACGAAAACGCUCCAGCCAUGCAUCCAUGUUCUGAUUACUUUUUGAAUUUUUACCCUUUGAAGAUAAACCACUUUUGA